UUGCCAAGCCUUCAAUACAUUCUGAUUAGCUUUUCAAAUUUAAAUCUAAUUUUUUCCAUCAUAUGAUUGGUCUUUUUAACCUUCAGCUAUAGAAGGCUUAUGCGACCUAAACUAUCACAUAAAUUCCCAUAAUCUAUAUUAUGACAUAACUCACCUCACAAAAUUAAACUAUGGCUAGAUCUAUAGUUAUAGGUAAUAGAUGGUAGUUAAAAAAUAUUUAAUCUUAAUAAAUCCACAUGGUGGACGAAAGAGAGGUCUUAAAAUUUAUAAAAAUUAUCUGCUCCCUGAAUUAUUAAAAAGUGAUAUAUUACAUUCAACAGUAAUAACAGAAAAAAGUAACCAUGCCAGGGAGUUAGUUCAAAAUUUGAAUAUAAAUGAAUGGCAUGGAAUUAUUACAAUAUCAGGGGAUGGACUAAUUCAUGAAGUAAUAAAUGGUUUGAUGGCGCGGAAUGACUGGGAGGAAGCGAUAAAGAUUCCCAUCGGUGUCAUACCAGCUGGCACUGGCAAUGCUCUCCACACAUCCCUGUGCCAUCAAUAUGGCAAAUACCAUCCCAAGACAUUUCUCAUGGAUUGCGUUAAUUUCGCUCUCCACGGCGAACCAAGGAAUCUCGAUCUGUUCAAAAUCACGACUCAAUCCGGCCAGGUUUACUAUUCCAUUCUGGGACUUUGUUGGGGUCUGAUAGCAGAUAUAGAUAUCGAGAGCCAGAUUCAUAGGUACAUGGGCAGUUUGAGAUACAUGUUCCACGGUUUUAAGAGAAUUCAAAGCCUUAGGCAUUACAGGGGCUCCUUCGUUUACCGGGACGAGAUUUCUGGUCAACUCACCAAUAUCAUAGAUAAGAUUUCCACCGUUCCGAGCGUUUACCCCUCGAAGUUCGAAAACUUUGAUAAUUACGACAAGAAAAAAUUGCCCACGAGCCAAAAUAAAUUAGUAUCAUGGUUAUGCUGCGAUUGUAUCGUUACCAAUCCGUCCUUGCGUAAUAAUCACGAUAAAGAAUCGGUCGGACGAACCAACCGAGUAAUCAAAGCGGGUGUCGCGCAAUCGUACAAAGAAAUGAUAAAGAAAGGUUUCGACAACCCUUUAUACGUACUCGACACUGCUGAACCGGAAAGGGUGCCUGAAUCAGUUAAAGAGAACCACGCUAACCUAAAUAUAGGCGACGUGAGUAGCACGGCGAAUAAUAUUGUAAAUGGCGUGGCUCGCUCUCAUUUCCCCGGUGGCCACCAUACUCCAGUUGACAUAAUAUCCCUUUACGUAUGCAACUUAUCCCACAUAAGUCAAGACUUCUCGGUGACCCCCAUGGCUAAAAUGAACGACGGAUUAGCUCAUUUGUGUGUGCUCAAAAGUGGGGUUUCGAAGUCUCAAAUGUUGAAAUUCUUGCUCAAUUGUAUCGACGUUACCGCUAUACGCCAUGCCUGCUCCUUCCCUACCAAAUUUUUUUACAUGGCCCCCGUAGUUUCUUCUCCACCCAUCCAUACUUCCUUGCCUCGCCUUUCCGCCGUCUCAGCUGUGAUCGAAAAGGUUCGAGCUUAUAGAUUACCAUUUUCGUCGUCGAAAACGAAUUCUAAUUACCGUUAUCCUUCUAUAUUGACCAUAGACGGCGAAGCUAUCCCAUGCUGUUCUGUAGUCGUGGAGGUUUUGCCAUCCAUGGCUAGGAUAUUGGCAUGAGUCGAUCAUCUAUCCUGGGACAAAAAUUUAUUCGCGAUUCGUUAUUUCACAUUUCAAACGUCUUCGAUUACAAUUUGCACGAACUUCCCAUCAUUUUAUUAUAAAAUUAAAUUAUUUUUUUCAAAAAAAAAAUACUAAUUAAUAUAACUAACUAUAUCAUAUUCUAAAACCAGUCCAACAUACAAAAGGUGCUAAAAGUCUUCUCGCUCAUUUUUGUAGCAAUAUAAUAUAUAUUAUUUCACAAAUACACCCCCGUUAUAUUAUGCCACGUGUACCGCUUUAAUUGCGGCGUUAAAAUGAUCGCAUAGCAAUUCGGUUAAUUUGCUAUUCGUAAUAGAACGAAUAAUAAAAUAUUCAUAUUCGAUUAUUACGAAUAGUAAUCUUUUUGAUUCGUUCAAAACAAUGAUUACGAAUAAUUCAUUAUCCGAUUUGAAUAGGCCUGUUUCAUUACACUAGUCAGUAUUAAUUUGCUUUUACAUUAAACGGUAUUAUUCUCAUUCUUAUUU